AUGCAUCUCUCACUUGAGCACAUUGAUGCUUGUCUGCCGAUAUCAGCAUUAAAGGUGUUUACUUGGGGCGAGAAGCAAUUCAUCUUCCAAGGCCAAGGAACACUCUUUCGGGUGGUCAAUUCUACCACCGGUGUGGUGUCAACUCAACUACAGGCAUUCAAAAGAAACCAUGUUCAUGGGUUCAUUUCUCUAAACCAUCCACAAGAUGACACAAGCACUGUGCAGAUACUCGUCUGGGGUGGUCGUUCGGUACGAGUCAUCGAUCUUUGUCUAAAUUCCAGUGGAAAUCCAGUCCUAUCCAUACCCAGUGCUGAAUAUAAUGCCCCGGAUUGGAUCAUGAGUGGAUGUGCUGCUGCUGCAACUGGCCAUCGUGGGGGUUUUUUGAUCACUGCAAACAAUGCACUUCUGAGCCUUGAAGUGGCUGACAGUGACCUGACUGAAAAAAGGACGGCUAUAUCCAUAUAUCAGCUGGCCACCUCUGUCAAGUCCAUCCUCUAUUCCGCCGAUGUGAUUGCGCUGUCUGCCUCACACGUCCUCAUGGCUGCCGGUACCGUCUUUGGAGAAAUCAUCGUAUGGUCAUGCUUCUUGAGCAACGAUGGUAUGCACAAAUCCAAUGCAGUUGGCUCCAUCCAUCAUUUCUUUACGGGGCAUGAGGGGUCAAUCUUCAAUGUCCGUAUCUCCCCUCAAAUUUCGUCACUGAACCCAGACCGGCCUGGCCGAUUCCUGGCCAGUUGUAGUGACGAUCGAACGGUCCGAAUCUGGGAUAUUUCAGACUGCGAACACAAAACAGCGCAAGAUCCCUCUGCAUACUCGACGGACGGCUACGAUCUGCGAAGCACAGGAUUUGGCCCUGUUGGGGCAGGGGAGCAAACCGUCGGAUCCGAGUCGUGUGUGGUUCAAGCAUUUGGCCACGCGGCUCGCAUUUGGGGUGUCUAUUUCAGAUCCAUCACAAACAAAGAUCAAACCCAUAUGGGCUUGGUAUCUCGCGGAGAAGAUUGCACAUGUGUCUUGUGGAAUUUGAGCUGGCAAGCAUCAUCAGAUGGCCCAAUUGAGUACCAACUCACGGAGGCCUCUUCGAUACAACCGCAUAUCGGUAAACAUAUCUGGUCCUUGGAUCUCCACAGACUUGGCUCUGAAACUGUGGUUUAUACGGGGGGUGCCGAUGGUGCACUAAAGCGUUUCUCUGUCAAGGAAAAUGAUGAUACCCAACUGCCCGUCUGUCCUCCUCCUGUGCCAGAACAGCCGGGAUUUCAGAGGAAGAGGAAGCAGCCCACAGUUGAUAGAGCGAGGGCGUUUGCAUUUGUCUUGCCGAGCUGUCUUCUCUGCAUCUCGACACAUGGUCAGAUACAACUUGGACACAUGAAUCAAACAAAUGGAUCAACGACUACAUGGGAGGUACUACGCGAGGUACCUGAUCUUGGCUCUUUCGCUGUGGUCACUGGCCUUCCUCGGAAAGGUCUGGCAUUAAUUGGCCAUUCCAGGGGAUUGAUCCAACUCUACGACCAUGCUGCCAGAUCAUUUACCGACGUUGCCAGUAUCGGUACACGGCCUCUUGGGCUAUUCUUCCUCCAAACCGACUACGAUUUCGCCCAAUCCUCAAAUUCGACCAAGCAAAUCACUUUCCUUGUCUGCUAUCCCACAAAAGAGGAGGUAACGCUCGUCACGGUCUCCGAUUGGGACAGCAACAGCCUAAAGACCAAAGCUGUUACUUUUAGCCUGCCAUCUACAUUUGUGGUGUGCAGUGCAGCAUUCAUCUUCGAGGGACAGUAUUUGAUGAUUGGCUCAAAAACAGGCGGACUGGCCGUUUACCAAACACCGAAAGACGAUCAAAUCUCCGAGCCGAUAUUGCUUGAUCGACGUAUUCAUGGCAAAGAAUUUGUCAAUCACAUUCACACGGUAUCAUCACAGAGUGGCAGAAAUGGCACGCAAUCGGAAUUCGUGCUGACAUGUGGUCGCGAUGGAACUUACUGCCUCCACGAAAUGCGGCUCAGUGGAGAAGAUGCCAAUCCUCUUUCUAUGGAGAUAGUGCAUCGCACAGCAUCUAUGAUCGGGGGAAAUAUUGAAGGUGCCUACGUGGAUGAGCCAUCGGGUGACUUUAUGCUAUACGGGUUUAGGUCCCAGGAAUGGGUCCUGCGCAACGAGUCAAAAUUGACGGACAUCAUAAACAUUGCCUCUGGCGGGUUCCGUCGAGACUGGGCAUUUUCUCCGGGGUCGAAAGACGAGGAUGCGUGCUUCGUGUGGAGGGAUGAUGCUUCUCUGGUAGUAACUCAUAUACAACCUGAUGCUAGUCACUUGCUUCGGGCUGGUGCUCACGGCCGAGAACUCAAAGCGGUUGAUGUGUUUAGCGCUCCUGAAGGAGGCCGAUCGCUUAUUGCCACAGGCGCAGAGGACACCACCGUCCGCUUGUUCGCGCCAACCUCCCCGGCGUCUGCUAGUCCUUGGGGCGCAUUUGAGUGCAUGCGUGUCUUGGAUACACAUAAGUCUGGAAUUCAACAAGUCAGUUGGUCCAAGGAUGGAAAAUAUUUGUUCACCAGUGCCGCAUUUGAAGAGUUCUUUGUGUGGAGAGUACGCACCGUUCCUUCAUUUGGCAUUGCAACGAAUCUCUUGGCUGCUAGUCCCAAAGAUGACCCAAGCUCAGAUCUCCGGAUCUUGAGCUUUGAUCUCCUGGAAGUCAAAGAGGUUGACGGAAGCCAAGGAUUCCUCUUGUGUCUCGCCCUUUCAAACUCUAUCAUUAAAAUCUUCCACUUCUCGCCGUCUGGAUGUCAAUUCAAUCUUCUGGCCCGCGGGACAUACAUGACGAACUGUUUGACCCAAGCCCACUUUUUGGUGACUGGCUCGUCUGUGAAUCUCAUCACCGCAGCCACCGACGGGUUUUUCACUUUCUGGGAUCUGACCAAGACACUUGAAUCUUUCUACAUAAUCACCGACUCAUUUUUGAAGGCCAAAAAUGCAUUCAACGGCACCUCUGCCCCGGCAGAUGAUAUCACAUGCGAAGGUCGAUACCAGAUUCACUCCAACAGCAUCAAAGGAAUGGAACUGGUUUCCUUGUCCAGCACUGCUACUGUCAUUAUAGCUGGAGGUGACGAUAACUCUUUUUCUGUUUCUCUUCUACGGACACAGUCAGCGACUACCGGUACAAGUGCGGAUGUUGCCACCGUUUCCAUUCCGGAUGCUCACGCUGCGGCUGUUACAACAGUCAAGGUACUCAGUCAAAAAAUCAUCCGUGAUGCAGCUUCAAGUGCAGAAUCCACCAAAAUUACUGUGGCGUCCUCAGGCAAUGAUCAUCGAGUCAAGAUUUGGUCAGUCGUCGUGGACGCGACACAGCCUGACACCCAGGGUAUCAAUGUGGAAUUUGUACUCGAUAGUUACAGCGCUGUGGCAGAUAUAUCCUCACUGGGCCUUGUUAACAACAAGCAGUGCUUUAGGACAUCCGCUGAUCACGAUGUAGCUGAGUCCCAAACUAGCCAGGCACAGUUGGUAGUAUGUGGUGUCGGUAUGGAGAUGUUUGGUGUCAACUCCUAA